AUGGAAAAAGUUCCUUAUGAAGUACUUGAUCAUUCUAUUACGACACCUUACUCGAGUUCUAAGCAUCCACAUUAUAAACCUAAUGAUAUAAAGCCCCCACUUCAUCAUGAACACCAACGAAAAAAUAAUGGAUGGCCAAAUCUAAAAGGAAAAAUUCUGGAGUCUGAACUUUUCUUACUUGGUCUUGCCCUUGAUGGUCUUGUUUCACAUACUAUUAAAGCGCCAGCAAAAAAACGCAACUCAAUGAAACGUGCUCAAGCACAUAUAAGGAAACGAAUUCAAACCUUGAUAGAUGAGAUACACAAAAAAGCUGCAUUAUGGUUAGCUCACAGUUCGAAAAAUGAUGAGUUGGGCACAUGCUAG